CACACCUAGAUAGUUCAGUCGCUCUCGGUCUCGCGCUCACAGCGGAUCGUCCGUGCGUAGUAUCUGUGUGUAUAGUAUCUGUGUGUUACAUGUGAAUUUACGUUGUUUAUGCGUUCUCGGUGUGCCGCGAACGUGUGUUUGUGUGUAUUCUUUCUCUCUCUCCGUGUCUCUGACCUUCAGGGGGUUCGCGACGACGCAUCGUUUUUCUCAGUAUUUCUUGCACGGGGCCUACCGAUGCACGUGUGUCUUCGUCGCGAAUAACAAUCGCGUAAUCGGCUCUCUCCGUAGUUUUUCUUUUCUCUCUCAUUUAUUAUUAUUAUUUUUUUUUUUUUUCGUUAUCGUUUUCGUGGGGCAUUUUCUCUCGUUGUUCUCGUUGAACUCGCCUACGUACCAACACAAUGUCGGAGCAGCAGCAGGACCUGUGUCGCAUUUGCGUCAGCGACGAGGGUGGCUUCUUGCCAAUGUUCAAGAACGAGGCUCUGAGCGAGAUUCAUGAUAAUAGCUUGUCAAAUAAAAUUUGUCACAAAUGUGCCUUCGAAAUUAAACAAUGUAGUGUCUUUAUUGACAAAAUCAGUAAAUUACACAACAAAAAGUUUGCUGCAAACACUUGCAAUUUGUGCUUUGAGCCAUGCACAAAGAACAACCAAACUUUGUUUAAAUUAUCCAGACUCAAUACCAAGGACAGAGCUUUCUUAGAUAGAGCUCAUAAUCUAUUUAACAAAAAUGUUUAUGCUAAUACGCACUCAAAAAGUCCAUGUGUUUGCCUGAAUUGCCGAUACUCUGUAGAUUUACUGUAUGAUUUGAAAAAUUUAGCUAACGAAGCUGAUAGUAAAUUUGCUAAUAUUAAAAAUGGCAUAGAUGUUUCCAAUGUCCCCAAGACUAAAACGUUAAUUAUCAAUCGCAAGACCACUUCUAUAAAAUCAGCUGUAUUACAUUUAACUACACCAUCUUCAAGUGAUAGUGACUCAUUCAGCAGCAUGGGUAGCUCUAAGAGACCGAAAAAAUUGCGUAAAACUGUUGCAGUAGAUUCAAACAUAAAAUGUGAACAAUGCAAAACUGCAAUUACCAGUGAUGAUACUUAUAAAAUUCACAAAACUGGUGUUAGAGUUUGCAAGCAAUGUUGGCAUAAAUAUAGUCCAAUCAAAACCAACAUGAAAUCCAAAUCAAAACGAAAGAUGAUUGAAUACCCACUAACUAAAUGGUGUUCUAUUUUGGUUGAUGAUGUUUUAAAGAGACUUGAAGAAAAAGGAUACAAUAAAGUUAUAAAUAAAAAGGGUGCAGUUUGUUAUAAGGUUAUGAAUUCAAAUAAUAUGAAAGCUCAGAGCCCUGAAAGUGAAACCAGUGGUUAUAAGCGCUUGUCAAAAUCAAGCAGAAAUAAAUCUAGGACUCCAGAAUUAAGUGAUGAGUUAGAUACGCCAUUAAGAAGUACCAGGGCGAAAAGACGUCCUCAUAGCUUAGAACUAAAAGAAAUUGAAUCAAGCUCACAGAGAAAAGGAAAAACUGAAACAGCUAAACAAAAAAAACCAGAUUCACCUGCUGAAAAUAAAAAGUCACAAAAUAAAAGAAAUUAUGGUAGUAUUGAAGUCGAUAGUGACGUACAUAGUGAUGUUUUACCAUCAAAAAGACUUAGAAAAUCUACAAAUUUAUCGCUACUUCAGACUCAAAAAUCUUCUACAACUUCACCACGUUCAUCUCGAAGGUCUGUAAGAAAAAGAGAACAUAAUGACUCAUUAGAUUCAUCUUCCAGUUCAAGAAAAUCUUCACGUACUCAAAGGAAACAAAAUUAUCGAGAAAUAGAAGAGGUUAUAGACAUUGAAGAUGAUUCUAAUGAUGAAAAACAAGAGGAUUUGAACAGCAAUGACUCACCUAAUCAAGAUAAAGAAAAUUUUAAAAGACCAAGGUAUAAUAGAAUUGCAUCGAGUGAUAGUGAUAGUAGUAAAGUUUCUGAUUCAGGUAAAACUUCUUGUAAAUCAUCUGCAAAAGUUUCUAAACGUAAAAAAAUGGUAACAUCAGAAUCUGAAGAAAUAGAUAUUUUAAAGGCUACUGAUGAUGAAACAAGAGAUGUUGUAAAUGAAACAAAUAAAUUUGAUACUACUAUAGAAAUGGAUACCACCAAAACAGAUGAUGAUGAUGAUGAUAAUAAUGUUACAAAUACAAAUGAUGAAAGUGAUGUCUUUGAAAAUUCUAAUGUAAAAGAUAAAGAAAAUUCGAAACGAGGAAAAACUUCCAGACGCAGUAGCAGACAAUCUUCAAUUGCAUCUUCGACACAAUCUUCAAGAAGAUCAAGUAGGAAAUUGAAAUCUGCAUCAAUCAAAGUUGUAGAAAGUAUUGAAAUUUCAGACACAGAUGAGGCAAAUUCAGUUAAAGAAGAAACUGAACAGAGCUACACUUGUAAAAUUUGUGAUAAAGUCUAUGAAAAUAAAAUAUUUGGACUUCAACAUGAACUUACCCAUAUGGAAAUUAAAUUGCGACAAGUUAAAAUUUCCGAAAUUAAACUAAGGAGUGAUUCUGAUGCAGAUGAACAUCAUAAUAAAAAUAAAUCAAAAAAGGAAACUACUGAAAUCAUUGAAAAUGUGCAGACUAAAAAUCUUGAACAGAGUGAACAAGAAGAGAAUAACAUCAAUUCUGAAAAUGAAAAUGAUGAAUGUGUACAAGAUGUAAAUAUGACCAAUGAAUCAAAUGACAGAACAGAGGAGAAAGAACAAGACAAAAGUAAAUUUAAUAAUGCGAACAAUAUAGACAAAAAAUCAACAGUUGAAAUAGAAAAUAUUGAUGAUUCAAAAUCAAAAGAUGAAUCUGAAAAAAAGGAAAAAGUUGAAUCUGAAGAUGAGUCUAAUUCUGUUGAUCCUAAAGUUACUGAUUCAAAUGCAUUAAGCAAAGAAAAUGAUGUAGCUGAAGACAAAAAGGACAACAGUAAUUUAAAUGAAGCUAAGGAAGUUGUUGAAUUAUCUAAAAAUAAGUCUGUAGCAGAAACUCAUGGUAGCGAUUCAGGUGAUGAUGAAGGUAGCCCUCUGUGUGAAGUUAAUUCAGUUUCUCCAGUAGUGGAUAAUGAUGAGGAUUCAGGAGGAAGAGUAAUCGUUAACUUUGAUGAUUCACCUCAGCCCACAGAAAAUGAAAACGCUACUGUAGUAGAAAAAGAUGAAUCUCAUGUUACAGACACUACAGCUCAUGACGAAGUUCAACAAGCUCUUACAGAAAGUGACGAAUUAGUAGUGAGAAGUUCAAAUAAUACAGACAUUGAAAUGACCAGUAAUGAAAAUGAAGUGGAAAAUACCUCAAACACUUUGGUAGAAUCAAGCGUUACAAAAAACGAUAGAAGUUGUAAAGAAGUCCACGAAAAUGGAAAUGAAUCACGUCAAGGUGACGAAAAUAAUGAUAAUAAUACAGAAGAUGAGGCUUUAAAUCAAGAAAGUUUAGAGGAAUUAAUGAGACGCAAAGGACUUCAGGUAGUAGAUGAAGUUGAAGAAGAUAGUCAAUCACCCAAAAAACAGAUAGACAUUGAAGUUGACACAAAAGUUAUUCAACAAAAUGUUGAUGUUAUGGAAGAGGAGUCAGUCCAUGAUGGUUUGAAGAAAGACGAAGUUCAAGAACUUGAAAAUAACGUUCAAAAUUGCGAUAUUCCAACGCUGUAAUAGAGCAUAGAGAUAAAAGGAGUGCAGAUCAGUAAGCAGAGAGCAAACUUUUUUGUUAGUAUCAGUUGGCACCCAAAUCAGCUUUAUCCAAUCCUGACGGCGUUGACGCUACCCUUUCAUCCUCCCAUGUCUCUUCUUCACCAGUUUGCAAGUGGUCAAAUUCUUGAUCGACUGAAUAAAAAAGGAUGUAUUUUUAUUUAUUGUAAUACUUGUGUUUAUAAAAUACCGAACCGAACUGGUUACGAAAGUAUUGAUAUUACAUGGACCAAAAUAAUGAUAAAAUAUUUGAUGUUUUAAUCGAAUGCGAGUAUAAGUCUACGCGCCUUUGUCAAAUAUUGUUUGGUUAAAGUAUUUUCCAUUUUCGUUUGGAGGAUUGAAAUUCUUAACUGGUCUUAUAUUAUUAGUUCUAUAUACUUACGUUAAGUUAACGUUAAAUAGUUUUUUUAAAUAAGAUAUGAAUAAAUAAAUUAACAUCACAUCAUCGAUUCAAUUGUAUAUUAAGCUAAGUAAAUCAUUAGGAUUUAAUGAAAAUAUGUAACGAACGCAACUCACUGGUAGAUUUUUAGAUUAUAAGUCAGUGUGUGUGUGUGUCCGGUGAAUGUGUAUAUAAAUAUAUUUGAAAAAAAUAUAAAUUAUUAAAAAUCUAUUUACUUGUUAUGUCACUGUCGAAUGGCUCGCCGCGAUCUCUCCAGUGACUUAGUUUCAACAUUGCAUCACUGUUACCUUCACCACUACUUGCUAUUAGAGCCAAAUAAGCUUGAAGCAUCAUACGACCUAUAUAUUCAUUAGAGACUUUGAAUCUAACUUUAUGCCAAUAAAUGUAAAUAUGAAGAUUGAGUACAGUUGCAAGUAUGAUAGAACAAAAAGAAUAAAAUGAACAAAAAGGAUGUGAAUUUUUGUGAGAGUGUAAGCGGAGUACGAAUUAAUAGUAAAAUUUUGACCAGUGUUAAUAUUUUUUAGUACUUUAUAAUUUUAUCGUUUAAAGAUCUACAUUAAUAAGUCGGAACAUAAAAAUCAAUUACAUCAAGUCCUAAAUUUUACAGUCAAUUUCGUACAAAGUAUGAUGAAUUAUAUAAUUAUUAAUGAUUCGAACAAUUUGUUUCCGCAAUUUAAAUGAGCACGACGCUUAAACUUAGUUCGAAUUAAGUCACACAGUCUACGUUUAUCAGAAAAUUAGUGUAGUCUCUCUCAAUUACUUUAGUUACGCGCAAAAAGCCGCAGGGUUGAGCUCGCGUCCAAGCGUGUUUUGCGAAAAAAACUUCAUUUUGAAAAAUUGUGUAAUAAAUCAUUACAAAGACAAGCUUUAAUUUAAGUUGCGGUUUGAAGGAAAUGUAAUUGAUGAACAAAAAAAAAAAAA